AUGAUGCCGUGGGAGGGAGAUAUGAUGCCGUGGGAGGGAGAUAUGAUGCCGUGGGAGGGAGAUAUGAUGCCGUGGGAGGGAGAUAUGAUGCCGUGGGAGGGAGAUAUGAUGCCGUGGGAGGGAGAUAUGAUGCCGUGGGAGGGAGAUAUGAUGCCGUGGGAUGGAGAUAUGAUGCCAUGGGAGGGAGAUAUGAUGCAGCAGGACGAGGAUGACCAUCUCGCCAGCAACACUGCGCUACUAGCAGAGCCAGAGGACGAGGAUGACGACCUCUCCAACAAUUCACUGCUACUAGCAGAAGCAGGGGACGAGGACGACGAUCUCUCCAACAACUCGGUCGUCAAGUUCUGCCCCCAACCCCUUUCCCUCUCUUACUGCUAUCCCCCGUGCACUCCCCACCCCCACUCUCCCCCUCACAAGCUACUAGCAGAGGCAGAGGAUGAGGACGACGACCUCUGCAACAGCUCAAUUCCUCCCCUCCUUCCUCCCUCUCUCCUCCCAUCCCAACCCCCCUCCCCCUCCCCAGCUACUACCAGAGGCAGGGGCAAAGGUCUAGUUCUGCCUUUGCCACCCAAUACUUGUCUUCUCUUCCUCCCAUCCAUCCCCUCUCUCCCUUCCCCACACAUCAGCUACUAUCAGAGGCAGAGGACGAAGACACCAAUCUCGCCAACAACUGUGCUCCCCCCUAUCCAGCUACUACCAGAGGCAGGGGACAAGGACGAUGAUCGCUUCAACAACUCGGUGGUCACAUUCUGCCCCUGUCGCCCACUCCCUCCCUGCUUCUGCCUGCUAUCCACCUCCCUUUCCCUCCCCCCUAUCCAGCUACUAUCAGAGGCAGAGGACGAAGACGACGACCUCUCCAACAACUCAGUCGUCAAGUUCUGCCAAAAGCUCAUCCCUAUAACGGCAGUGGCAGAGGCAGAGGAUGAGGACGACGACCUCUCCAACAACGCAGUCGUCAAGUUCUGCCAAAAGCUCAUCCCUAUAACAGGUAUAGCUCUUCCUUUCAUGCUCAAUCAAUCGCCCCCAGUAGUUUGCUGCCCUUCCAAGCUCAAAUGUGGUCAAGUUCUGCCAAAAGCUCAUCCCUAUGGCGGGUAG